CGCGGUUGUGAAGCAAAGUAUUGAAGGCGGUUUGAAAAUUCUGAAAUUCUCUUUCUCUCUCUCUCUCCGCCUCCACUCAAUUUAGCAGACUUUUAAGAUAUUUUCACUGCUGAACUUAAGACUCAGCAUGAGGUGUCUUCUUCUUCUUCUUCUUACUUUUCUCGCGUGCAAUUAGGGUUUUGGUGUGGUGUUUUUGAUUAAUGCAGCAGAAGCAAAUUGCUUGAGAAUGAGUGAAGUGGUUGCGGGUGGAAAGGGUGUGAUGCAGACUCAGGAGGAACAGAGCAACAAUGCCUCCAUGGUUCGGUGGGAACGUUUUCUGCCUCGGAUGGUGCUCCGGGUGUUGCUUGUGGAAGCUGAUGAUUCCACUCGACAGAUCAUUGCUGCACUUCUCCGUAAAUGCAGUUACAAAGUUGCCACAGUUUGUGACGGCCUAAAGGCAUGGGAGACAUUGAAGAACAAAGCAUCUGACAUAGAUCUCAUAUUAACUGAAGUGGAUUUGCCAUCAAUAUCUGGAUUUUCACUUCUUAGUUUAAUCAUGGAGCAUGACGUUUGCAAAAACAUUCCCGUCAUAAUGAUGUCUUCUCACGAUUCAGUUAGCAUGGUGUUCAGAUGCAUGUUAAAAGGUGCAGUUGAUUUUCUUAUAAAACCUGUUCGCAAGAAUGAGCUAAGAAACUUGUGGCAGCAUGUGUGGAGAAGGCAUGUCAUUGAACUUGGUUUUGCUGCAGAAAAUCAUGCUGCUAGCAAUGAUUCUAGCGGUUCUGUGGCUUCUACACCAAAAAAUAAUGAAUGCAGCGAGAAAACAAGUGAGGUUCAAGAUAUUUCACAGCUGAAGAGUUCUUCAAAUCUGAGCGAUAUUGGCACAAUUAAGCAUGAAAACUCUACAAAAUGUGAAAGGGAAUCAGAUAAACAUAAUGACAAAGCUGGAGCCAAAUCAAUAUUUAUAUCAGAAGAUGAAGUGUGCAACAAAACUUUUAAACCAACAGGCUUAAGGCCAGGUCAAGGAUAUGAUUUCGGUGAAAUGAGAAAUCAAGAUGAAGUUCUAAGAAUAGAGUUGACCAAAACCAAUCCUGAGAUUAAUGCCGAUAUUCAUGGAUGCAGUGAUGAAUUGGAAAGUCCGUCUACUGGGGCCAUUGACUUGAUUGGUACAUUCAAGACACUCCCAAAGAGCACUGAUGAAAAAUGUUGUUUCAGUAGUGGUAACGUUUCCAAGUUUGACUUUGAUACACAAUUGGAACUUUCGAUAAGAUAUUUUCCUGGAGGCUCAUACAAAGCUGUAGUUGAGGAAAGGCAAAUAUGGAACCAUUCAAAUGCUUCUGCCUUUUCUAGGUAUGGUAGUAGUAAAUUGUUGCAGCCCUUUUGUCCAACACCAUCAACUAUCUCUGCACAAUUAACAAACGUUAGUCAUGAUUCUCAGAAAUCCCGUGAGUUAUUUGAAAACGCAUCUACUUCUCAUCAAUAUGGUGCAAAAGAUCAAAUUAAGGAGAAAAUCACCACUCCGGAUAUUGGUCAAUCUGGACAAGUUGAUCCAAAAUUACCGAACAGUCAACUUGGAUUCUUUCCUGCUACAGGGGUUACUUAUGAUCAUCACAAGUCAACUGGAAAUGAAAAUGUCUUCCCCUCUAUGCUUUAUUCUGAAUCAGGUGUCCAUCCCAUAUGGGCUCCAAAAUCAGUGUUCCAGAAAGAGAGUUCUCCGCUUCCCACUAGUACUUCCUCCCAGUCUAAGCCUCAAAGUCGCAACUCAAAACAUCGUCACUGCUCUGACGAUGCAACCCAUGCUUCUGAUAAAAAUGUAAAUGACCAAAGCCAUUUAGAUUUUGAGACAGGGGACUCUCCUGCUGCUAGUCAGACUGCUGAUACCGCUCUUUACCAUGAUACAACAAAUCAUAAUUGUAGUGGUGUAUACAGAAGCAUUGGCUGCACAAGUGAUGGAAAUGCUACUUCAGCUAAGGUAACCCAGGACAACCACGAAAGUUUCAUUGAUAUCGGUCACCUCAGUCAUGAUGGAUUCAUAGGGACAGAUUCUCAUCGCACCAGCCAGCGAGAAGCAGCUCUAACAAAGUUUCGACUUAAGCGGAAAGACAGAUGCUAUGAGAAAAAGGUCCGAUAUCAAAGCCGGAAGAGAUUGGCAGAGCAGCGCCCUCGGGUGAAAGGACAAUUUGUUCGCCAAGUAGACAGUGGUCUUCCGGUAUCAGAUCUGGGUGGUGAUUCCUGAAAUUAUUUUCUUAUGGCUUCUUGAAAUUACCUUCAUCACUGAAUUAAAAUUUAACUUCCAGAACUGAUUUGCCUCUCUCGACAAGGAUUAACUAUAGGUAUAGUGUGUCUGGUGAAACAUGUUUCCUUUUAGCGCUGUUAGUAUUUUCUUAUGAGUGGUCAUCUUGGUUGUCUUUUAGAAUGUAGGAUUGUAAUUAUUUAGUAGGAUUGAUUUGAAAUUUUGAUUUUACCUCGUGUAUAUGUUUCUCUAUUGAAUGCUAGUAUAGGGUUAUUCGUUAUAUAGGCAGUGGUAUGCUUUCAUCUUAAAGGAUUGAAAUAAGAUGUAAAAUGGAGUUAUAUUUUAUAUGGAUUGUAAUCUUUUAAUAUUUCCAUUGAUCAUUUGAGCCCCCUUUAAGAGUACUAGAGUCUUGGUUGCACAAUCAAGCUAAGCUAGUCAGCGUAGGUACAUUGGUAAUUUGCUUGAAAUUUCUGUAAUCACUGAACAUUGGUAAAAGCACUUGGACCCCACUGUUCAUGUAUUUCAUUUUUCUUUUCCUAAUUCUUGCUAAUAUAUUAUUUUCAGAUUCUAUUUUUAUGUUUUUAACUAAUGCGAAAUUUAAUGUCUAAUACUACUAGACUUCAUGCUUAGAUAAAAAUAUAGCAAACGAUUUUCUUAAACAGAGUUAAUGAUAGAUUUUAAUGUUUUCUUAUAAUUUGGAUAAAUCAGUUUUGAAGGUCUUAAUUAGGGCAGCGAAAGCAUAAAUAGUGAUAACAGGUGUGAUGUGUAUAAAUUGUAUGCGACGCGUGCAUGCCAGAUGUGGGAAACACACCACAUGAUGUUGAGUUUGCUGUAGGAUCUUGAGAGGUAUGGUCCAAACGGAACCAAACGUGUGUAUAGCUGAAGAGAAAACACAUAAGUGUUUGAUAUCUCAUCUCUCUUUCAUUGCAUGCAGAAACUGUUCAUUUUUUAAGUCUAAGUUUAUCCAUAUGUCGGCGAAAGGAGUCAAAUUGAGGCACAUCUCCUUUAGCUCGUCUUUCGGUUCCCUCUCCUCCUCUACUUUUGUUCUCUUUUGGUGCUUCAUUUAUUUUCCAGAGCAAAAACCAGACCCCAUGAAAAAGAAGUUAUUCUUUUUGUUUUUUUUAACAUAAGCUUGCAUCAGAAAGCAGUGAACUUUGUUGGUUCCACAUUUGAUUUUCAAUAUAGGUUUGACUAUUAGCAUACACUGACAUAAGCACAGUUUCCUUUUAUUGAAUCAGAAAAUUUACAACAAUUCAUUCAUUCUGUUAAAUCACUGUGAUGUCAAAUUAAAUAAGAUCAAGAUCUACAGGCUUACUUUUCUUUACUAACUAAUUUCUACCAAAAAACUUGGAAUGUUCCCAAUUCUCAUUGGAUUAAUUUUAUAAAGCAAUUAAUUAGUUAACUCAUUGUUUUUAUUCACUCAUCUUCAUAUGACAGUUAAAGCAAAUGCAAUUAGAAGUGAAACGAGAGAGAAAAACACACAUAAAUAGCUAGGAGUCUGAGUGGGGAAAGUAAAAGACAUUGCCUGCAAAAGAAGUGAUGAGUAAUCAGAAUCAAAAUGUACAGAGUUAUAUUCUUAGCAAGAGAUAGGCAAAGAAAAGUGAAAGG